AGUAUAUACUUAGUAUAUUUAUAGUAGAUACAUAACCAUACAUUAUAACCGAAAUAAAAAAAUAAUAUUUUUAUUAUAUAUAAACAUUAAAUUAAAAGAAUUAUUUGUGAUAUUGUUAAAAAACUAAAUAGUAAUGGGUAAAACUCGAAACGGAAAAGCAGCUGUUAUUUGCACAGCAAUUGCAUUUCUUUUAAUUGUAAUUGCAUUCACCACACCCAAUUGGCUUGAAACAGACGGAAAAUUGGAAAAUCCAAAGUUUAUAAAAAUCGGUUUAUGGCAAGUGUGCUUUAAUGGAUUUGAACAUCCACAUCACUUAUAUGACACUAAAUUUUAUGGUUGUUGGUGGGUGUUUGAAGAAGAAUAUUAUAUAAUUCAUGAUAUACUUUUGCCUAAUUUUUUUGUUGCAACACAAUUCUUUUUCACAUUGUGUCUGACUUUAUUAUUAAUAGGAGGUUUUUUAACCAUAUUAUAUACAUGUUGCUCAAAACACCAUGAUAAAUAUCAGUUACUACUAUGGACAAUUGGUGGAAACUUGGUAUUAGGUGGAAUAUGUGGUAUUAUUGCAGUUAUAAUAUUUGGUGCACGAGGUGACGGUAGAGAUUGGAUGCCUAAUUGGGAACAUAAUGAUAUUAGCUGGUCUUAUGCAUUAGCUGUACUUGGUAGCUUUAUUUUGGUUGUAGCAGGUAUAUUGUUCUUGAUUGAAGGUCGUAGACAUAGAAAGAAACAAGAAAGAAUAUUAAAUGAAGAACAAAAAACACAUACAACUAUUUAAAUAAUGUCUUUAUCAAUAAAGAAUGCAAAUGAAUGAUAAAUUAUUUAUGAUAUUGAAAAUUUAUAUAUAGCUCUUUUCUGAGAUUAUUUUGUGUAUCAUUUACACAAACUUUUUGAAGACUCUAUAUAUUUUAAUAUUUAUAGUGAUUAUUUUCAAAAUAUUAUAUAAAAAAAUUCCUUUCAAACUUAUAAAUAUA